CUCCUUGGCCGACCCCGCUCUGCCCCGCGCCCUGUUUCGUCCGGAUGAUUCCCGGUCCCUGUCCGCCGUAACUAACUCUGUAGGUCCCGCCCCGUCCUGUCCGACUUCGCCCAGCAGCAGGCCCCAGCCCAGGAGCAUCCCGCUCCGCCCCUCCCUAGUCCUGGCCGGAGGCGCCCGCUCUGCCGAGCACUAGCCACGCGGCUGUCUUCCGCUUUCUCUUGCCAACCGAAGGCCGCUGGAAGACCGCUGCGGUGGCCUGCUGCCAUGGCCCGGCCGUCUCCCGGACCCGGGCUGCUCCAGGGCGCUUCAGGGCUCGCCCCUCUGCUGCUGGCCGUGCUGCUGGCGCUGGCGCUGCGGGCCGGGAGCGGGGCCGACUGCCCGUGCCAGGACCCCGCGCUGUGCCGCCCGAUCACCCACCGCCCAGACUUCGAGAUCUUUGUAUUUGAUGUUGGAAAAAAAACUUGGAAAUCUUAUGACUGGUCACAGAUUACAACUGUGGCAAUGUUUGGAAAAUAUGAUCCAGAACUUAUGUGCUACGCUCAUUCAAAAGGAGUAAGAGUUGUGCUAAAAGGUGCUGUAUCUCCAAAGGAUAUCAUUGACCCUAUUUUUAGAGCAUCCUGGAUAAGUCAAAAGCUUGCGUUGGCCAAAAUCCAAUAUAUGGAUGGAAUUAACAUAGACAUAGAAGAAGAAGUUGAUUGUUCAUCACCUGAAUAUGAUGCAUUAACUGCUUUAGUUAAAGAAACCACAGAUUCUUUCCAUCAGGAAAUUGAGGGAUCACAGGUGACCUUUGAUGUGGCUUGGUCUCCAAAAAACAUUGACAGAAGGUGCUAUAAUUAUACCGGAAUUGCAGAUGCUUGUGACUUUCUUUUUGUGAUGUCUUAUGAUGAACAAAGUCAAAUCUGGUCAGAAUGUAUUGCAGCAGCCAAUGCUCCAUAUAAUCAGACAUUGAGUGGAUACGAUGACUACAUCAAGAUGGGCAUUGACCCUAAGAAACUUGUUAUGGGUGUCCCCUGGUAUGGUUAUGAUUAUACCUGCUUGAAUCUAUCAGAAGAUCAUGUUUGUACCAUUGCAAAAGUGCCUUUCCGGGGGGCACCUUGUAGCGAUGCUGCAGGAUAUCAGGUGCCCUAUAAAGUGAUUAUGAAGCAAGUAAAUAGUUCUGUUUCUGGGAGCCAGUGGAAUACAGACCAGCAGGCUCCUUAUUAUAAUUAUAAAGAUCAUUCCGGCCAUUUUCAUCAAGUAUGGUAUGAUAAUCCUCAAAGUAUUUCUUUAAAGGUAGCAUACAUAAAGAAUCAUGGCUUACGGGGCAUUGGCAUGUGGAAUGCAAACUGUCUUGACUACUCUGGAGAUGCUACAGCCAAACAGCAAACUGAAGAAAUGUGGCAAGUCUUAAAACCAAAACUGUGACAGAGAUGAGCAUCUUUUGUCAAACUACUGGAAUUUUUAAAAUUUACAAUUUAUACAAGUGUAUAUAGUUUCAUAUUGCUACAUACUAGUAUACUCAAAAGCAGAUGAAAAAUACUUUGAACCUGAAAAUAAAUUUUACUUAAAUAUACAUUUUAUAUAGAAAUAUAAGCUUAGGAUACAUUAAAUAUUAUAAUUAUGUUUGGAUUAUGUGUACUGGAGCGAUAGCAUUUGAUUAUGUAAUUAUAAAACCUAGUUAAUUGUGUAUGUAUUUCAAGGUAUAGUUACACAAUUAUAUAAUUGUACAACUAUACAUGAAUGUAUAUAAUUAUGAGUAUUAAUAUAUAAUUAGGAAAAAUUGUCCUCAGAAUGUUGUGCAAAAACAUUUACCCCUGGUAUUAAAAUAUAUGCUUAAAAUAAUAUACUAUUUGAAAAUAUAUAUGAAAUUUGAAGUGAAAACUUGUUUAUAAUCAGUUUUUUUAAAAAUAAAAUCUGAAGAAACAGUUUGCUCUAUACUAUAAAAAAAAAACAACAACUCUAAAUUUAUUUUUAGGGGCUUCUUAAGCAUUGUUCAGGGUGCCUGAUAGUGCUUGAGAGCAGAACGUGGUGGUAUUCAUCCAAUGAUGUCAGAGAACCAUAUGUGAAGCUGGGGUCAGGUGCAAUUUCGGCAUGCACCUUAACCCCUCUACUAGCUUUCCAGUUCACUAUCUCUAAAUUCAAGCCUGUAAUUUAGUCUAUUACAGUUUUACAUCUAAGUUUCUAAAUCUAAAUUUCCUGAAACACUUUUUUAAUAUCCACAUGAAAAGUGAAAUAUGAAAGAUUUAUAAAGUAUAUUUAUAAAUAUAAAAUAUAACAUCUAAGGAUGAAUGGAGAGGUUAUAUUUUAUAAAACAUAAAAUAUAUACUCUCUUAAGAACAAUAGUGAAACAAAUAUGUUCUGUUAUUUAGUAUUUUUGACAAUAAAAGUUUUGAAUUAGCAUACCUGGUUGAAAUUAUGAAAGAGUAUUUGUCUUCUGUGCCAGUUCAGCUUUUAAGUUGCGUAAAUUGGAAACUCCUUGUUUUCUCAUCUACAGAAAGAAUUACCUUUCAAAAAUGCAUUUUCAUCUUCCCUUCUAAAAUUACAUAAUUGUCAUGCAAAUAUGUACUUAUUGAAACUCCUUUAACUAUCUUCUCCCAUUUGCCUCCAAUGUCUUCAUUCCCACUGAAUUACUAUAAUUAAUAUGUAAGUUAUAAAUCUGGUUAAAUAAGCAGAUUUAUUUACUGAGAAGUGGUCUAUCUAAUAAUUUCAUUGAUUUAGCAUAUAGGCAUAAUAAAAUUAAACUUCUGAAAAAUUAGAGUGAGAAAGAACUUUAAUUUUUGCUAAAGCAUCAGAAUCUGUUGUGAUUAAGAAAUAAAGAGGAAAAAUCACCCCCCAAACCCUUAUUUCCCAGGCUUUAGAAACUGAGGAGGUAGUUAAAUAUACUGUUUACUAUGUAGCAAGCGCUCUUACAAGUGUAGAAACCCUUUGAUUGUUAAAAAAAAAACCACUUUUGAGGAAGUGAUAUAUAUUUGAGCAAAUAUAAAUAUACAUUUAUAUUUGCUAUUUGGGUGACACCCAGCGAUGCUCAGAGGUUACUCCUGACUCUGGACUCAGGAAUUACUCCUGGCGGUGUUCGGGGGACCAUAUGGGAUGCUGGGAAUCGAACCUGGGUCGGCUGUGUGCAAGGCAAACGCCCUCCCCACUGCACUAUAUCUCCAGCCCCGAGGAAGACAUUUUUGAUACCAUUUUUUAUCUCCAUUUUAGAGCUGAUGGGCUAGCCUAGAGGAAACUGCUCAAGGUAUAAAAUUUGCACAGCCAGGAUCCAAAAUGAAACCAUCUACUACCAGAUCCCUUAUUAUUCCAAGUACUGUCUAAGAAAACUUAGCUUCAUGGAGGAAUUUGUUAGGAAUGAGGAUUUGUAGGCUUCACCCUUGACCUAGAAUAAUAUCCUAAUUUAACAGAAUCUUCAAAUUUCAUUAAUUUUGCAAUGCACUGCUUAGCUGUACUAUGUUGGAUGUCCCACAUCUGAGUCAGGAUAGCUUUUUUGCCCCUUAAUUUCUAAUCUUAUAGGUAGUUUUGGACUAACCACUGGAAGUUAAUACUAAUAUCUAUCAUUUUUACUACGUAUCAGUUAGGCAAUAUGGUUAAAUUUUUUUUUCUCAAUCUAUAAGCAGAAAACUUGACUGAAAAUUUUGUCUUGGGUUUCCAUUUUUGUAGUAAUAUUUUAAUGGAUCACAACCUUUCAAGUCUUACUUCUAAGGCUAUUUAUGGUAAGACCUAAUAUAUACACAAUACAGAAGAACAUUGAGCAAGUCAUAACUGAAGACUCUGGGAGUAUUUAUUACUUAUUGUACCAACACAACUAUACUUAAGUAUGCAAGUUUUCAGGUGUCUAUUUAGUUUGUUUGGAUUUUUCUUAUUUAUUUAUUUAUUUAUUUAUUGAUUGAUUGAUUAAUUUUGGGGUCACUCCCAGCGAUGCUCAGGACUUAUUCCUGGCUCUGCACUCAGGAAGUACUCCUGGUGGUACUCGGGGGACCAUAUGGGAUGCCCAAGAUCGAAUCUGAGUUGGCCGCAUGCAAAGCAACACCCUACCCCCCUGUACUAUAUCUCCAGCCUGUCUCUAGGUUUUUGUUUUGUUUUUCUUUUUAGGUCACACCUGGCAAUGCACUGGGGUUUCUCCUGGCUCAUGCACUCAGGAAUUACUCCUGGCGGUGCUCAGGGGACCACAUGGGAUGCUGGAAUCGAACCCGGCAAGGCAAAUGCCCUACCUGCUGUGCUAUCACUCCAGCCCCCGUCUCUAGUUUUUGAAAACAUAAAUUUAUUCACAAAAACAAUUAUUUGGGUUCACACUAAACUAUAUUAAAUAAUUUAUAUUUUGUUCAAAAAUUGACUUGUGUCCUUCCCAGUUUAAGUAUCUCAGAGUUGAGCCAGAGCUCACCCAUGAGGAUGCCAGUUAAUAAGACUCUAGAGCGCCACUGUUCAGUACAAUAAUCAUUUCUCACCUGCAGCUAUUUAAACCGAAAAAAAAAAUGUUCUAAAUAAAAAUUCAACACCUCUGCUGUGCAACAGGCUAUACUUCAAGUGCUCAAAAUCCUUCUAGUUGCUGCUGUGUCAGACAAUGAAGGUAAGCAGCAUGUUAAAGAAUAUUGUAGAAAGUUGUACUAGCAUGUUCUGAUUCCAGAAAGAGAUCAUUAAUCUGCAUUAUAAAACUAUUUUGAUAAAGAGUGAAUUAAAGCAUUCAUAUAAUUACCGGUAUUAUUUACUGUUUGAUGUGAAAAUAUAAAAUCCCACUGGAAAUGGAAAUUUUCUCUAUAGAACUGAGUUUAUAUGGAUGGGGAGGUUUUGGGAGGGGCCCCGUGAGAUACUGGUGGAGGGAGGCAGGCAUUCUGGUGGUGGGUGUGGUGUUGGAAUGAUGUAUGCAUUUUAGGUAGAAUUAACAGUAUUGGAAAUCCUUGUGCCUCAAUAAAAAUGGCAAAUAGUUGUUUGGUUUUUUUUUUUUUUGCUUUUUGGGUCACACCCGGCAAUGCUCAGGGCUGAAUCCUGGUUCUGCACUCAGGAAUCACUCCUAACGGUGCUCGGUGGACCAUAUGCAGUGCUGGGAAUCGAACCGGGUUGGCUGCGUGCAAGGCAAACGCCCAAC